AUGAUGGAGGGUAGGAAGGGGAGCUCUGCAGAGGCAGUUCCUCCAGCCACUUGGCUGCUACCCGGUGAUCCUGGCCCCAGGGGCCGCUCCCAAAGCGACAUCUCCUCCUUCUGUUCCUCCAGAAGAAGCCACCCGUUCAGGUUCAACAUCACAGGCUCAGUUGAUGGAUUAGACAAGGCUUCAAUUGCAAAUUCUGAUGGGCCAACCCCAGGAUCCCAAACCUCUCCUUUCAAGAGAAAAGGCAAACUCUCUACCAUUGGCAAAAUCUUUAAACCUUGGAAAUGGCGGAAGAAGAAGACCAGUGACAAAUUUAAAGAAACAUCAGCAGUGUUGGAAAGGAAGAUUUCGACAAGACAAAGCAGAGAAGAGCUGAUAAGAAAGGGAGUUCUGAAGGAAAUGCCUGAGCAAGCUGGUGAUGUAACAGUAAAUUUUGAAACUUCAAAUGGGCACACCAUAACUAUCAGUGAAGAAACCAUCCAGGAAGAGAAUGUAAUAAAGACCACAGAAGACAAUGGCUCUUUAUCUGCCAAAGCCUCAGCUGUGGAAGGAAAAAAAGAAGAUAAAAAAGAGCGCACUGUUAACUGUCCUGAAAAACCGGCAUCCCAUGCUCCACCGCCGCCCAAGUCUAAGCCUAAACCUAAAAAAGCAUCAAUACCUCCAAAAAAUGUUACUGCUGCUGCCACCGCCACCAGCCAUAAGAGUAAUGAAGCACCUCAUGUUAAAAAAAAAGUCAAGGCUCCUGCUAAGCAGCCCCCUGUCCCACCUCCCAAGCCAACAGGUCACAAUUCAAAUCGAGAAGCUGCUAGCUCCUCUCACGUAAAAAAAUUACCCGUCUCCAAGUCAUCUUCUUCACAAUCUCCUUCAUCCACAUCAUCUCAUCCAAAAGCUUCUAAGGAGACAGCACCUAGUAAAACGGGCACAUCAGGGACUUCCAGGGGCAAGAAAAAACCCGGGAAGCAGUCAACCCCACGAACCCGUGCAGAUGGGGACGUUUCUUCCACCUCCAAUGCAGCAGCAAACAGUUUAGAAACAAAGGUGGAAAACUCUCAGCCAGAGCAACCUCCCAUCAUAAUUUCUGAAUCUGAAGCUACAGACCAGCAGAACACACUGAUUGUCCCUCCUCCUCCCACUGCUCCUCCUCCUCCACCGCCGCUGCUGCCUUCCUCUCCUUCUUCAGCCAGUCAGUCCACUGACUCCUCAGAAACACCAGAUGUACCCAUUAGCACCGAAGCAGGCCUGUCUGUCCCAGGCUCAGAUUCUAAUCCUCUUCUCCAGACUGAACAUGAAACAGACAAUGAAGAGCUUAGCAGUAUAGCCCUAGACAAUAGCCUGGAUAGGAGUGAAGAAAACACAACAUGUUCAGUUACCAAAGAAGACCAGGAAGAGGAGACUCCUAACCUAGCAAGUCCUCAACCAACAGAAGAACCUCCUGAGCCUAUGGCCAGUCCGGAAAGUGAGAGCAGCAAAGAGAGCCACACCAGUGACUCCGAUUCAGAUGGGCCAAUACUCUACACUGAUGAUGACGAUGACGACGACGAUAACACAAGUGCAGAAAGCUCUUUGGCAAGUAAAAUCCGUCGUAGGGAUACUCUUGCUAUCAAACUUGGCAACAGACCAUCUAAAAAAGAAUUGGAAGACAAAAACAUCUUGCAGCGUACCUCUGAGGAGGAGAGGCAGGAAAUCAGACAUCAGAUUGGAACGAAGCUAGUGAGGAGACUUAGCCAAAGGCCCACGACUGAAGAGCUAGAGCAGAGAAAUAUCCUGAAGCAGAAGAAUGAAGAAGAAGAACAGGAAGCCAGGAGGGAAUUAAAACGCAGCCUCAGCAGAAAGCUCAGUCUGAGACCUACAGUGGCUGAACUGCAGGCAAGAAGAAUCCUACGUUUCAAUGAGUAUGUGGAGGUAACGGAUUCCCCGGAUUAUGAUCGCCGAGCAGACAAGCCUUGGGCAAGGUUAACUCCUGCAGACAAGGCAGCAAUACGGAAAGAACUGAAUGAAUUUAAAAGCACAGAAAUGGAAGUACAUGAGGAAAGUCGACAGUUUACAAGAUCUCACCAAGAUAUUUCAAAUAAGCCUCGUUUGAAGUAUACAGGAUAA